GAAGCCUCCUGAGCCGGCUGAGGGCUUGGGGGCCGGGGGCCCCGGGGGCCCGGGGGCUGGGGGCCAGGCCAGACCGGGCUGGGCCGCUGGGGUCGACGGAGUUGGCGGCCUGUUGUGUAAGCCUCAGUCCUUGUUUUCCCCGGCCUGGCUGGUUGGGAAGCCGGACACAUCCACCCUUGGACUGGAUUCAAGAGGCUGCUGCUUUUCUCCAUGCCCCUCUUGGAUUUUCUGGAUUUUUGAAAACCCAGUGGCCCAGGAGGAGGAGGAAGGAGCAGAUCUGCAGAGGAAUGUAAGAGAAGCCAGAAGGAGCUGGGAGCCAGAGCUGCCCAGAUUUCUGGAACGGUGGUUUCUGAGUGAUUCUUUUCUAUUUCAGAACAUUGUUCCAGUGGAAAGUGUCAAACAAAUUCUUGCCCUUUCAGAGCUGAUUUCUCCAAGUCACUUGACUUUUCUUUUGGGAGUGGAAGGAAGGAGAGACUACCCAUUCUGGGGCUGCCAGGGGAAGGGAGGCAGAUUAUGGACAUGAUCCCUCCCUGCUCACAGCAGUGUGCUGGAGACCUAAUAAUAAUAGGGCAGUUAAUGGGCCGAGGACAUUGCUUUGAGUAGUGGGAGGCUGGAUAGCAUCUGUGGGUGCUUAGACCCCAGUUUAGGGGCUGAGAGACUGAGUUGCUGUGACAGGCCUUGAGCUGCUAGUGCAUUCUCAGUUCUGGGUAGGACCCUGUCUCCUCUCUCUCUACGACUGGCCCAGCCAUGGCGCUGAAAGGCCGAGCCCUCUAUGACUUCCGCAGCGAGAACAAGGAGGAGAUCAGCAUCCAUCAGGAUGAGGACCUGGUCAUCUUCAGUGAGACCUCGCUGGAUGGCUGGCUGCAGGGCCAGAAUAGCCGAGGUGAGACAGGGCUCUUCCCUGCCUCUUACGUGGAGAUCAUCCGGGCUGGUCCCAGCUCCAACCAUGCCGACUACUCCAGCAGCCCAGGCUCUCUGGGCACCCAGGUGAGCUCGUAUGACGUGGCCAGCCCUUCCAGGAGUGGUGGGGGCAGUGGCUUCCUCUCACACCAGGGCAGCUUCGAGGAGGACGAUGACGAUGACUGGGAUGACUGGGACGAUGGAUGCACAGUGGUGGAGGAGCCUCGGGCUGGUGGGCUGGGCACCAACGGGCACCCCCCUCUCAACCUCUCCUACCCUGGUGCCUACCCCAGCCAGCACAUGGCUUUUCGGCCCAAGCCAGCCCUGGAGCGGCAGGACAGCCUGGCAUCUGCCAAGCGUGGCAGUGUGGUGGGGCGCAACCUCAACCGUUUCUCGUGCUUCGUGCGCUCUGGAGUGGAGGCCUUUAUCUUGGGUGAUGUGCCCAUGAUGGCCAAGAUCGCUGAGACGUACUCCAUCGAAAUGGGCCCUCGUGGCCCCCAGUGGAAGGCCAACCCCCACCCGUUUGCCUGUUCAGUGGAGGACCCCACCAAACAGACCAAAUUCAAGGGCAUCAAAAGCUAUAUCUCCUACAAGCUCACACCUACCCACGCUGGCUCGCCAGUCUACCGGCGCUACAAACACUUUGACUGGCUCUAUAACCGCCUGCUGCACAAGUUCACUGUCAUCUCGGUGCCCCACCUGCCAGAGAAGCAGGCCACAGGUCGCUUCGAGGAAGACUUUAUUGAGAAGCGGAAGCGUCGGCUCAUCCUCUGGAUGGACCACAUGACCAGCCACCCUGUGCUGUCCCAGUAUGAGGGCUUUCAGCAUUUCCUCAGCUGCCUGGAUGACAAGCAGUGGAAGAUGGGCAAACGCAGGGCAGAGAAGGAUGAGAUGGUGGGUGCCAGCUUCCUGCUCACCUUCCAGAUCCCCACAGAGCACCAGGACCUGCAGGAUGUGGAGGACCGUGUGGACACCUUCAAGGCCUUCAGCAAGAAGAUGGACGACAGCGUCCUGCAGCUCAGCACUGUAGCAUCCGAGCUGGGCCUGCUCUCAAACUUCCCUGACAUCAUCCACCUGCAGAAAGGCGCCUUCGCCAAGGUGAAGGAGAGCCAACGCAUGAGUGACGAGGGCCGCAUGGCGCAGGACGAGGCAGAUGGCAUUCGUAGGCGCUGCCGCGUGGUGGGCUUCGCUCUGCAGGCCGAAAUGAACCACUUCCACCAGCGCCGCGAGCUCGACUUCAAGCACAUGAUGCAGAACUACCUGCGCCAGCAGAUCCUCUUCUACCAGCGGGUAGGCCAGCAGCUGGAGAAGACGCUGCGCAUGUAUGACAGCCUCUGAUCAUGUGUCCCUGGCCCCCACCCUGUGCCUGGGUCUGGUCGCUGCAGUGCGCUCUGCUCUCUAGACCUACCUGCACCAGUAGUGGCUGGGAGGGUUGGGGUGGGCUUUGGAGGAGUCAUGGGUCCCCCUGGGGAAGACCCCCAGCUCUUAGAGGUAGGGGUACAGCAGGGGUGAGAUUUGGGGUCAGGAAUCUCUAGGCCGAGGCCUGGGCUCCGGGUCAGUCGCUUGAGGUCAGGCCAUGGUCUUAGCCUCUGCUAGAACCUACAGAACUCGCUCACCUGGCCACCACCCCCGCGUUCAUUCAGCAGGCACCGGGGCCUGCUGUGGCCCCGUGUCAGAUGCUUGCUGGGUCCCAGGGCUGCGACAUGCCUGCCCUCAGGGAGUCCCCAGUUGAAGUGGGGGUCAGACACAGAAACAGACAAGGGCACCGGAGGGUGACUGAUGGUAAAUAAGGGCUUCCUGGAAGCUUAAAGAAAGAACCACUCAUUCUGCUGGUCAGGGAAGGCUCCAUAGAGUAGGUGACAUUUGAGUAGUGUUUUGGAGAAUGACAAGGACCUGCCAGACAGUAGAUGGGGCCAGGGGUGGGGGGCACAUUCAGAAGAGACGAAUAGCAUGGGCAAAGGUGAGAAGACAUGAAAACGCCCAUCUUCUCUCCCUUACUUUUCCCAAGUAAGUUGGUGCCCCCUUGGUGGGGAUUUUGGCCUGUGUGACAGAGGGGAGGGCUCUUCCUCCCAUGUCCCUGUCCCUGCCUCACCUUGUCCCCUUAGGAGGAGCUGCAGGCCAACUCCCUCCUGACUCCCCUCCACCUGCUGAGCCUCCAUUACCCCUUGGUUAGGGGACCAUGCCGCAUCUUUUCCCUGGGCUCAAGGUGCUGAGACAAGCCACUGACCCCAGGACCUUGGUGGCACCUUCCUGGAGAGGACACCCAGAAGUUACCAGAUAUUUGAGUUCACCAGCAACGGCUCUCCACAUUCCAAGCAGGCUCGGGCCCCAGUGAAUCUCAGAAUCCUUCCUAUUGCACAGAGGGAAGGCCAAGGGGAAGAAAGACGGGGGCGGGCUUGCCCACUGCCCCAGAAGUCCUGGACCUGCAUGUCCAUGGCCAGCCUCACUGUGAUGCCAGCCCCGGCUCCCUCCCCAGCCAGGUUGUGCUGUCUCCCACCCAUGUUUACAUCCUCAGGGGGGCUACUCCCUCCGCCCAGGCCAGGGUGUGGGCCGGCGGGUUGGGGGAACUGACAGGUCCCACUGCUGGCCUCCCCAGGAGGUCAUGGCCACUCCUGGCUCCUGCUGCCUGAGUCUUUUUUCUUUCUUAUUUUCUUGAUAAACCUUUUGCAAUGAA